AUGUCGUUCAUCGGAACCCAACAGAAAUGCAAGGCUUGUGAUAAAACUGCUCAUUUUGUGGAUUCUGUGUCAGCAGACGGAGUUAUUUAUCAUAAGACUUGCUUCAAAUGCAGUCAGUGUAACGGCGUCCUUGCGAUAAGCACGUACUCGUCGGUGGAUGGAGUGUUGUACUGUAAGCCUCAUUUUGAGCAGCUUUUCAAGAGCACUGGCGGACUCACCCGGAGAUCCCUAUCAACUGGAAAGAAUGAGCUGACGAGGGCACCAAGCAAAUUGUCGGCCAUGUUCUCUGGAACUCAAGACAAAUGCUCUUCUUGCAAGAAAACUGUCUACCCACUUGAAAAGGUGACAGUGGAAGGAGAAUUCUAUCACAAGUCAUGCUUCAGGUGUGCUCAAGGAGGCUGUUUUCUGAGCCCAUCAAACUAUGCAGCACUUGAUGGGUUUUUAUAUUGUAAGCAUCACUUUGCUCAGUUGUUCAAGGAGAAAGGAUGCUAUUCCCAUGUCUCUAAAUCUGCUUCCAUGAAGAAAAACAACGAAGCUCAGAAUAAGCCUGAAGCUACAUCAUCUGAUGAACAUGAUAAUUCUGACCCACCUCCUCCUCCUGCUGCUGCAAAUCAUGAUGAUGAUGAACAACAAGAAGUUCCUGAGUAG